UUAUUGGGAUGUGCGUUGCGCACAAAACUGUGUGGCCAGUUUUGUGUGCGGCCGCACAUCCCAUAGAAUCAGAGGAAGCACCCCACCAGGGCCCACACGUCGGAGACACAUUCCCGCCCGCGUGUGCCCCUUCUCUUCUACAAAACCACGCGCCCGCAUACACGCCGCGGCAGAGCAGCGGAGCAGCAGCACACUCGGCCGCAGUCGCGUCCCCUCCUCCUCCUCGUCCGGGCCAGCGAGGGCCGGACCAGCCCGCCGCCGCUCACCGUCGCGAUCCGCUCCUCCUCGGCCGCCUCUGCCCCCGCUCCUCCUCGAGCUCUCGUCCUCCUCUUCCUCCUCCUGGCGGCAGGGAGAAAGACAGCGGGGGCGCCUCUUCUUCCGGCACCAACAAUGGCGGGCUGGACCAGUGAUAGUGAUGACAGUGAUAAGUUUGAGUGGGACAAUGAUGGUGUGGCUGAGCCCUCAUCGGCUCCGGCUAUGAGGAACUUCGAUUCUCCUGGCCCAUCCACGCUUGGUUCUAAUGAGUGGAUCAACGGGGAAGUGCUGCCUACUUCUUUGAUCGAGCGAUAUGUGGUAAUGGGCUUCCCCAAAGAGAUGGUCAUGAAGAGUAUUAAGGAGAUUGGACAUAGUGAUGCAGAUGCACUGCUCGAGCUACUGCUCACAUAUAAGGCACUAGAUGACGAUGAUGCAGGGGGUAAUAAUCACUCUACUUCUGGCUGCAUCCUCCCUGUUGUUGAAGAUGACGAUGAUCUUGAUUUUGAGAACUGGGAUGGCGAUGAUGAUGCUGGUGGUAGAGAGUCAAGCUCUGAUGAUUCUGGUUAUGAGAUAGAUGAUUACUUAUCUUCAGAUUUUCUGCGAGAGAUGUCAGAGAGGGAUGAGAAGAUCAAGUCAUUGGUAAACAUGGGCUUUUCUGAAGAUGAAGCAAAUGAGGCUAUUAUAAGAUGUGGUGUGGAUGCUGAUAUCUGUGUAUUAGUUGAUUCGGUUAGUGCAUCUCGGGUCGCAGAAGAUUGUCAUUCCAGAAACUUAUCUGACCAUCAGGUUACAGACAGAUGCUUCAAUUCCUUUGGAGGCAGAAAGAAAGCAAGAUUGAUGGAAGAGAGCAGGAAAAAGAGGAAGAGGUAUGGGGGUGGAGGACAAGGCAAUCGACCUUCCUUGGAUGGCAGCGAUGAGGAUUCAAUGCCUCUACCAAAUCCAAUGGUUGGAUUUAACCUGCCUGGUUACAGUGGACCAUCAGUGACCCGAAUGCUUUCUAAACUAGAUACCGGACCACCUUUUUUCUAUUACGAAAAUGUGGCCCGAGCUCCAAAAGGUGAAUGGGCGAAAAUUUCAAGAAAUCUGUUUGACAUUCAGCCAGAGUUUGUGGAUUCUCUUCAUCUGUGUGCAGCUGCAAGGAAAAGGGGUUACAUCCACAAUUUGCCAAUUGAGAACAGAUCGCCUCUUCUUCCUCUGCCCCCAAAGACAAUAUUUGAGGCAUUUCCUCAUUACAAGAAGUGGUGGCCUUCCUGGGACACGAGAACACAUCUCAAUUGCUUACAAACAUGUGUAGCAAGUGCAAAGCUGACAGACCGGAUCCAGCGUGCUCUUGUAAGCUCAAGCAAUCCGCCGACAAAAAGUGUUCAAAAAUAUGUCAUGGACGAGUGCAAAAAAUGGAAUCUUGUCUGGGUUGGGAAAAACAAGGUUGCCCCAUUGGAGCCUGAUGAGAUGGAAUAUAUACUUGGUUUCCCUAGGGACCACACAAGGGGGGUUGGCAAGACACAGCGAUACAAGUCUCUCGGCAACUCAUUUCAAGUUGAUACAGUUGCUUACCACUUGUCAGUGCUGAGGCGCAUGUUUCCCAAUGGUGUUCGUGUGCUGUCCUUAUUCACCGGUAUUGGAGGAGGAGAGGUAGCUCUGCACAAGCUUGGGAUCCACAUGAGGGUAGUGGUUUCGGUUGAGAUAGGUGAAGCUAGUAAGAAGAUUUUCAAAAGUUGGUGGGAUCAGACCCAGACAGGCACAUUGAUUGAGAUUACUGAUGUGAAAUCUCUCACAAAUGAUAGAGUUGCAUCAUUUAUUAGUCAAUUUGGUGGCUUUGACUUGGUGAUUGGGGGCAGCCCAUGUAACAAUCUUGCCGGAAGCAACCGACACCACCGUGAUGGCUUGGAGGGCAAGCACUCAGCUUUGUUUUAUGACUAUGUCAGAAUCUUGAAUUUCGUCAAGUCGGCCAUGGGAGGACGUAGGAUGUAGCCUAAUCAUUGUACACUACCUAUGUUAUCGUUUAAUGCUUAUAUCUAGGAACUGUGACUUAUCUGUGUUUAAACGUUGAAUUGACGUGGAGGAUUUAUUU